AUGAAAAAGGAAACCAUAAUAACCUGCCUAUUUGGCUGGUGUCAUGCUCAGGCAGCAUUAAACCACCAAACCUGCUCCCACCGGACCGGACCGUCACUAAUCCCAGCCGACUGCCCCCUUCCCAUUAACCACACAGCCGCAAAAACAGAAGCUGACUGGGCUCCUUGGUCCAAGCAACCCGUCUGCUUCCAACCAGUCCACAAACCAAACACCACCGACCCCUACUGCCUCUACACGCACCCGACCUUUCGCAGCCAUGGCAUCAGCGUCAUCACGACUCCCGGCCUGGCCGCCGCACUGACGAGCUCUCUGGACGACGGCGUCGUGCCACGGCACCAGCGCGACCAUCCAUCGAGCCCAAUGUCUGCACAGCAGAGAAGCAGCGGCGCCCUGGCCUACGAGAUCCGCGACCUGCCGGGUCGGGGAAAAGGGCUGGUGGCGACGAGGCCCAUCAGGCGGUGGGAGACGGUCGUGGUGCAGUUCCCGUCGCUGGUGGUGCUGAUGGACUUUUGGGAGGCGGUGGAGAGCCCCAAGCAGUCGAGGAGGCUGCUGAACAGGGCGUUGAAGCAGCUCCCCGCGGGGGAAAAGGGGCGCAUCCUGGCUCUAGGGGAAAACAAGGAGGGCAGAGGCGGAUCGUGCCUGACCGGGUUCGGGCCCGGUCCUGCUUAG